GACACGUCACCGCCGGUUUUCUGCCACCGCGACGCGUCGGCUGUUACGGGUGCUGCUUCUUCCCCCUGUCUGUUCUCUUCCCUUGCAGUGGGUCACUCUCUCAUUCACUCACUCACCCAGUGCCACGACAUUCGGCAUUGCCCCGAAUAAAAUCACCAUGUCGAACAAGAAACAAGCUUUCACCAGGGAAGAGGAGCUGCUUCUCCAAGAUUUUAGCCGAAAUGUCUCCACCAAAUCGUCUGCUCUUUUCUACGGGAACGCUUUCAUCGUUUCUGCCAUUCCCAUCUGGCUUUUCUGGAGGAUCCACAUGAUCGAUCUUUAUGCAUCGCUCAUCUCCUUCGUUGUGGUGACUAUUGUCAGCACUUACCUUGUUGCUUUUGCGUACAAGAAUACAAAGUUCAUCCUAAAACAUAAGGUGGCAGUGAAGCGUGAAGAUGCUGUUAACCGGGAAAUGACCAAGAAGUUAGCAGAGGACAAGAGGAUGAGCAAGAAGGAGAAGGAUGAAAGAAUUCUGUGGAAAAAGAAUGAAGUUGCUGACUAUGAAGCUACCACAUUCUCUAUUUUCUACAACAAUGCCCUCUUUUUGGCUAUUGUUAUUUUUGCCAGCUUUUAUGUCCUUAAGUCAUUCACCCCUGCUGUAAACUAUAUUUUAUCAGUUGGUGUGGCUGGUGGUCUCUUGGCCCUUCUUUCUACUGGUACCCAGUAAAUACUGUACUAAUUAAAUGUAAGUUCUUCUAAGAAGAGUCUUAUGUUUCUUAUUUAUGUUAAUUUUUGAUAUUAAAUUAAACAACAAAUAGCAAGUUUUUUUUAA